AUGGAGCGGGCCGGGGCGCGGGGCUGCGCGGCGGCGGCCGGCGGGACUCGGCUCGCGCUCUGGCUGGCGCUGCUGCUGGCGCGGCCGCGUCAGGGCCGCGCGUGGAGGCCGCGACGCCCGGCCGGGGCGACUGACCCGGCCGGGCCGGGCUACUACGACGUGAUGGGCCAGUGGGACCCGCCCUUCAACUGCAGCUCGGGCGCCUACAGCUUCUGCUGCGGCACGUGCGGCUGCUUCUGCUGCCACGACGGACCCCGGCGUGGACCGAGCCGCUGCUCCAACUACGACACGCCGGCCUGGGUGCAGACGGUCGGCCACCCGCGCAAGCCCGCGAGACGCCGCCGCGCCCCGGGACCCGGGCCGCGAAGCGCACACACGGCCGUCUACGCGGUGUGCGGCGUCGCCGCGCUGCUCGUGCUGGCCGUCGGGGCGCGCCUGGGUCAGACUGGAGGGCGCACAGCCCGCGCGUGGCGCACCGUCACCAGGACACUGACAGAACUUCUGAAGCAGCCGGACCCCCAGGAGCCACUGCCUCCACCUCUGGGCCCACCUCUGGGUAGCUGUGUCCAGGUGCAGAUGGGGGAUGGCCUCCCCAGGGGCUCCCCCAAGAACACAGGUGUGCAAGCUGGUGGGCCAGCAUAUGUGGAUCCACAGCACGGGCCUGGGAGCAGAGGAAGGGGUGUGUUGAGGGACGUUAACUCCAUCUCCUGA